AUGAGAAGCCCUUCAUUCAGCCAAUGCACCGAUGAAGUGACACCGAUGGUCUCGACAGGAAUUUCGAUACGAAAUAAUGGCGCAAUUCUACCAUUAUCUACAAAUGCAGAAAAAGAACUCGGCAUCGACUCUGUGUGCCGAAGUCGUUCCCGCUCCAUAUACGUGCUUCUGAUUCUCCUCGUUCCGCUCAUGCUAGUUGGAAUCGUAAUAUCGGCUAUCGUGCUUAUUCGGCUUGGUGUUGUGGAAAGUCAAGUCGAGACUCACGAAGAUGUCAUAAAUAGGUUUAGAUCCUCCUUCACAUAUGACCAUCCAGCUAUACAAGUUGCAAAAGCAGCAGUUUCUGGUCACGGAGCGCAAAGGAAUCGGGAAGAUUUGCUCAGCUUUGGAACAAGCGAAUGUCCAACAAAAUGCAUGAGGAGAGAUUUCGAAAAACCGCCGCUGGUAGUCUUAUCACUGGAUGGAUUUGCAAGACAGUAUUUGGAUGAUUUCAAAGUCCCAACUUUGGACUACAUCGCAAAAUGCGGUGCUAGAGCUGAGAGGGUUUAUCCGCCAUAUCCGUCGAGAACCUUUCCCAGCCACUACACUAUGGUCACCGGACUGUACCCGGAAUCACAUGGAAUAGUCGACAACAACAUUUUUGAUCCGAACAUCUCAAGUAAAUUGGAGAGCAUGAAAGCUGAAAGUGCUCAAGGAUUCUAUCAAGGAGAUCCGAUCUGGAAUGUGUACAAGCGAAGUGGUGGUAGAGCGCACUGUUUAUUCUGGCCAGGAUGCUCGUUCAACGUUUCUGGACUUCGUCCGGACGUGUCACCCGCAUACAAUAAGGAUCUUCCAUUUAGGAAUCGAUUUGAAAGGAUUCUCGAUUGGCUAUUAUUGCCUCCCGAAAAACGCCCGGGACUGAUCACUGCAUACCUCGAUCAGCCUGAUAGUGCGGGACAUUACCAAAUUGAUGACAAGGAUAUAGAGGCGCAACUAGCUCUGCUUGAGACAGCCCUGAGCUCUUUCAUGUUCAGUCUUAGAAAGCAAGGUCUUCUGUCAUGUAUCAACCUAAUCAUUGUCUCAGAUCAUGGCAUGCAAAGACUGGGUAACACCUACUACUUCUCUGAACUUCUGAAAACUUCUGGCACCGUUACCAGUUCGGGAGUGAUCGGAAGGAUCCACAAGCACAAAUCAGCUGCUUCUAUGCAGCAGUUAAUGGAGCCAUUUGAAUGCGAUCGAGGUAACAAAUGGAAAAUCUUUUCUCGGAGCACUAUUCCGACCAGGAAGCACCACCAGAGAUCAUCAAGAGUGGGGGAUGUUAUCGUAGAAGGAAGUCCGGGAACGUCUUUCUAUACAACUCCAGCACAAGAUUGGCAUCUGAGUGGUGAUCAUGGUUACGAUUAUCUACAUCCUGCCAUGCACGCGAUAUUUUUUGCAAUGGGACCAUCCAUAAGAAAACAAGUGGUCCUGCCACCUAUCCAGAAUAUCGAGUACAUGAAUUUGUUCAUGGAUCUUCUUGGCUUGCGUACAAAUGUUCCCAAUAAUGGUACAAAAGGUAUCAUGGACGAGAUUCUUGUCAAACCGCCACUCAGGACACCUCAGUUUCAACGACCGCUCAACGAGUGUCCUGUAACGGGAAUUGCUGGUGCUGUUCCAUGUGAUGAACGUUCUUGUUCUACAGAAGAAAUAAAUCGACUAAGUGCAAGUUUGGUCUGCGACAAACCCGCUUUGUUUCCAGUGCAGAUCUUUUCGACAAUACCGAGAUGCUUUCAAAAUUACUGUGAAAAAUACAUUGUUGUGGGGAGCACUAGAGAGGAUGACGUGGCUGUUGUUGAGCGCCUGAUGGCCGCAGAAUCAAGAUCAUUCAGCUGCGUAUUUGUUAAUUCUAAAUACGGUAAUAUGUGCAAGGAAAUGCCGAAUGCUACAGAACAUGUUAGAAAAACACUCUCCGGAGACAGCACGUCAGAAUUGGCCAACAUCCGACCGCUAAUGAUGUCUUGGAAAAAAGGAUUCGUUUCAGAAAUUCUGAAACCUCUAAAUGAGUACACAAAGUUACUCACCGAGAAGCUUGGCCAUUUCGUGACUAUCACCGGAACUGCAUUCGAUCAAGAUUUUGAUGGUAUUGCUGACACAGAAAAGAGCGCUACUCCCUCACACAUAUUCCGGGUGCUGGUCGCUUGCGCUGGUGGAGCUUGGUCUGCCGAUGGCACUUCUUGCUCAAACCCUUCCGACACAAUGGUGCUUUCGUUCAUAUUCCCUAUUAUGGAGAAAGACAUAAACUGUUUGCCGAAAGACGAGCUGCUCCGUGACUACACGGCUCGACUUCUGGAUGUCGAACUCAUCACGGGGCUAAUAUUUCACUUCCCGAAUAUACCGCAAAUGCAGCUUUCACGAUUGAAAAGCCAUGUUGCUACCGAACUGUGGUAGCAUUCAAUAAAUGUCUUUCAAUGUCUACUCGUG